GGCUUGUGGCGGCCCCUUCCGGGUGGCACCGCUUUCCCGCCCGGCGGAAGGGUCCUGGCGCGCGGCGGAGGGUCUCUCCGCUCUGCGCCGCCGCCGCCGGUAGCUCUCGCGCGCGGGGCGGGGCGCGCGCUCCGCCGCUGCUGCCCUCGCGCCCAGCCGGGCGCCAUGGCCGGGCCCUGCGCGGGGGGCCGCGGCCGCCGCUUCGUCGCAGGCGCCCGGUGGCGGCCGGCGGGCGGGCGCUGAGGAGCGGGCAGUCGGGCAUGGCCUCCCCGCCCGGCGGUGAGCAGCGGGCUCUGCGGGAGCGGAUAGCGGCGCUAGAGGCGGACCUGGGCGCCUGCCGCGGGCAGCUGGAGCGGACGCAGCGGCGGCUGCGCCGCACCGAGCGCCUCUACCGCGAGGCGCGGGAGGGCAACGAGGCGCUGAGGAGACAGGUUGAAGAGCUCACUAAGGAGGUCCCUAGUAGGAAGGAGAAGGAUACGUAUAGCGUAGAAGUACAGACAGAGGAAUAUGCUGCGUGGUCGCAAGCAGAUUAUUACUACUAUGAAGAUUACUACAAUCACACUGAUACUCAGGAUUGUGCGUCUGAACUGCCAGUGCAGCAUGAUCGUGGGACUGAAGAAAAUGAGCAUAAUUCCACAGAGGAACUGCAGACAGGUGUUAAUAUUCCAUUAAGGACGGAUAGCACCAAAGUUGCUGAAGGUGGAGAAGAGGAAAAUUUCAUCCAGAAUUCACAGGAAGCGGAAGAUACUUCAGUGCCGGAGGGUUCUUUGGCAGAGAGCUUGAGAGCUGCUGCAGAAGCUGCUGUUUCACAAACCGGAUUUAUUUAUGAUGAAAAUACAGGAUUGUAUUAUGACCACAGUACUGGAUUCUACUAUAAUUCGGAAAAUCAACUGUAUUAUGAUCCAUCAACGGGAAUUUAUUACUACUGUGAUGUGGAAAGUGGCCGAUACCAGUUUCAUUCACGAGUGGAUCUGCAGUCUUAUCAGACCUCUGGUACUCAGCACACCCGGGAUAAAAAAGGGAAAAAGAAGAGAAAAGAUCCAGAGCGUAUUACUGCAAAUGACUAUAAGGAUUUGGACACUGAAGAGCAAAAAUCAUCUAACAGUCUGAAUUGCUUUUCCACUACUGAGCAACUAAGUUCUAAUGAAGAAGAGGAGUCUCCAAACAUAAGAAAAAAGACUAAAAUGGACACACAACCACAAAACAGUCUAACAGCCAAAGAAUCGAUUUCUACAGACAAUAUAAAUUCACAUUCUCGCAAAAGUACACCGGAUACUGCAGCACAUACAGAUGACAGUAGAACAGCAGACACAGAGAGUGAGCCAGAAGAAGGUGAAAUUACAGAUUCAGAGUGUGAAGCAUACAGCAGUGAGGAUGAAGUAACAAGUGAAGAAACUGCUGAUUCAGAAGACUCAGAAAAUGAAGAUGAAGAAAAGAUCUGGCCUCCUUGUAUCAGAGUGAUUGUAAUAAGAUCACCAGUUCUGCAGACUGGAUCACUUUAUAUUAUCACAGCUGUGAAGCCUGCUACAAUUGGAAGGGAAAAAGAUGUUGGACACACGCUUGAGAUUCCUGAAGUUGGAGUCAGUAAGUUCCAUGCAGAAGUAUAUUUUGACCAUGAUUUGCAAAAUUAUGUUCUUGUGGAUCAAGGCAGUCAGAAUGGAACAGUUGUUAAUGGAAAUCAGAUUCUUCAGCCUAAAACAAAAUGUGAUCCCUACAUCUUGGAGCAUGGAGAUGAAGUGAAGAUUGGUGAAACUGUGCUUUCUUUUCACAUACAUCCUGGCAGUGAUACUUGUGAUGGAUGUGAACCAGGACAAGUCAGAGCACAUCUUCGCCUUGACAGGAAAAAGGAAUCUUCUGUUUGCCCAGCACUCAGCAAAGAAGAGAGAGAGUUAGUCAGAAGAAAAGCAUUAAAAAAAAUACGGGAAAAAUACGGUUUACAGAACACAGAGUAUGAAGACAAUAAAGCAGUGAAGAAUCCAAAGUACAAAGAUAGAGCAGGAAAACGCAGAGAGACCAUUGGAAGUGAAGGAACCUUCCAGAGAGAUGAUAGUCCAGCUUCUGUUCAUAUUGAAAUCAGCAACAGCAAUAAAGGACAUAAAAUGUUGGAGAAGAUGGGAUGGAAGAAGGGGGAAGGCCUGGGCAAGGAUGGUGGCGGUAUGAAGGAUCCGAUCCACCUUCAGUUACAUAAGACACAUGCGGGUUUGGGUACCAGCAGACCAGCCUCAACUGAAGAUGUUCAGAUCAUCCAGAGCAAGAAUAAAAAGAACUGGGAUAAAGCAAGAGAAAGGUUUGCUGAAAACUUCCAAGAACCAAAAUCACAAAAAGAUACACCUAAGAUUAUACCUUGGGUUAGAGGGACUGUAGAGUAAAGUCCCACAGCAGGGUAAUUCCUGUGUGUAAAUAGUUGGGAGAGAAUUUAUUUUUAUUCUUUGUUUCUUUUGCUAAAGCAGAAGUUUGGCAAUAUGUAAAAUACAGUUGUGGGAAAAAAUAUACAAGACUAACUCUAUCAUGUUAAUUGGUUUUCUGUAGUUUUCAUGCUUUUAUAAAAACAUUUUUAAUAAAACAUGAAUGGAAUUUAGGGGCAUAUUCAAAUUAAGUACUUGAAAGUGAUUACCAUCAUGAGCAGAAUGUUUCCUCAGUUGUGUUUUUUUAACACAAUUCUUCAUGGAAAGUCAAAACAAAUUAAAAUAUUAUAUACCUUUAACAUUUGAACAGUGGUUAAAAAGAAAAAAAAAGAGAAAGAAAAUCCCCCAGGGCCCUACUAACAGAGUAUCAUAUUGCCCCUUCCCCUUUCCUCUAUUCUGAGUUUAUUCAUGAUUGCCAUGAAAUGCUCAGCAAGUGGUACACCACUCUUAAACUCAUACAGUUCAGUACUAGUUACAUGUCGCAGCUAAAGGGGGGAAAAAAAACCUUGUUUGUAAACAGUCAUCAAUACUGUUCAAAAAUAAAUACUAUACUCCAGAAAUAAACUACCAGGUAGCAUUAGUGAAGAAAACGAUGUUCAAGAGACUGCUUGUAGCCACAUUUUCUUCUAUGAAGAACUUCCUUGAGAUUUGUUCAGUAAAUCUGUCUCAUGCCUUUAAAAGAGGUAUGUUUAGAAAACUGCUGUGUGGGCAUGUGUAGUAUCUAUUAACUUCUUGUUCUGAUACAUCCAUUGCUGGCAAUGGAGUUUAUGCCAGAAGAAUAAACCAACCAACAGAUUUUUGAUGGGGAAGGAUUGCCAAACUGAUGCUAAGAGCUUGGUAUUUAUUGAAUGUUCCUAAACACAAUAAAUCACUGUCGAUUUAA